AUGACUUCUUCUGAUGUCCAGCAGGCCGAUGCCGAUCUUUGGCUGGCUUACGGCGUCCAACUCAAGAACGCCGUCUCUCAGUCCAGCAGCAUCGGCCCCAACAACCGCUUCUACAUUGCCCCUCUUUCAGCUGCAGGCAUUGCCGCUGGCAAGAACAUCAAUGUUGCCAUCCAGAACAAUGGUGUCUUUACCACUGGUGACACGCUUCUGGAUCUUGACCAGCCAGUGUUCCUGCCAAGCCGCCAAAGCUAUUUCCAGCGAAUGGUCUCCUAUGCCAACUCUGUUGAACUCCACGCGGACAACAACACAGGCGCACAGGUUCGAUACAAUGAUGCGCAAACAAAGGCACAGGCAGCUCAGACCUUCUACACCAACACAAGAAUUGCGGCGCAGGGGGCUUACAAAGCAGAAGUGACGGCCCAACUGACGACUCUCCCAUUCUCUGUUUGGGUUGUUCAAAACUACCCACAGCUUGCAGCGGCUCAGAAUGCCAACGCUGCUGCCUCGGCUAACUUGGCUGCGGCUUCAGCAGCUAUGAGCGGCCCAAUGGCUUCCAUUGUAGGCCAAUAUCAGAGCGCCCUCACCACUGCCGGUAGCCUGUCACUGGUUCCAGGCUUCAACAUGGAUUGUUCCCCUGCAUCGGCUGAUCAGAUCGCUGCCGGCCAAGCUGGAACGGCCAAUGCCACCCUCUGCAACCCCACGUAUCAAAUUGAUGCCCAGUAUGCCCAGCUGGUCGACAGCUGGAUCGCCACGUUCCCUCAGAACAAGAAGAGCCCCAAGACAUUCACGUUCACGGCGAGUGACGCCUCGAACUCGUCUUGGUCGGAUCUGGGCUACUCCAACAACAGUGUCCAGGUCACCGGGUCGUACUGCAUCUUCUUCAGCGCAACCUUCACCGAGAACAACACGGUUGUUACCAAGAACCUCUCCGCAGAGGACUUGGGUUCAGACCUGGAGGUCACUAUCACCGCUACCGACCUUGGCUCGUUCAAUAUCACUCCCGGAAGCAAAUGGAACCCUUCACAGCUUGCCGGCAUGCCCCUCGUAGCCAACGCCGACCCCAACCUUUCCAAGCCCAUGGCAUUCAUCAACCAAGCCGUCAUCGCGUAUGGUGUCGGUAUGCAAGUGAACCUCUCGUCUAGCGCCUCCACCAUGAUCAACAACUACCUCCAGAAGGCGCAAUCCACCGGCGGUAGCGCAUCCAUCUUUGGCUUCAACAUUGGCCUCGGAGGUUCGGCUAGCUCGUCGCAGACUUCUACCACGACUUUCGAGCAGGUGAAGAAGGCCAGCUCCGGCACUUCUAUUGUCAUCCCCCCGUCAGACAAUGCCUAUCCCACGCUGCUGGCUGCCUUUGGCCAAGCGAUCCCGCUUCCAGGAACAGCAUUGAACUAG